GAUUUGAUCUGACUUGCCAGUAGGUUCUAUUUUCUCAUUUUUUUACCUGGUAAGUCCUUUGAAAUCCAUUUUGGGGUCUCCUGCCCAGAAAUCAUUGGGCAUCCCUGCCUUUUGCCUCCCUGCUUCUCCAGAAGAGACUGAGGCAUUUUUCCUGAUCUAGGUUUAGGUCUAGAGAAAUCCUUAGGGUGACAGGGAUAUGAGGCAGGAAAAGCAGUAGCCACAAAGAGCAAUGGCCCUUUGUCAGGAUGGGGCAAAGGUGAGGGGGAAAAGCCUGAGCCAGGAAGAGGUGGAUAAAUAUUUGUAAGCAUAUGUCCUUCACUGUUUUCAGAAGGGCCAACUGUUUUUGACUGCAGUGUAGAGAAGGUUAGCAUUCAGAUUAGAGAAGCAUCGAGGAAAGGACGUGUUUGGAUCAUCUUAUCGUCUUGUUCCUCUGGCUUGUUUCCUUCUGGAGCAGCAUACUCUGUUUCAGACAUGUUUGGCCUCAGAUUCAUCACAAUACAAGUUGAGUUGCUUCUUUGCUACCUCCUGCUGUACCCUGUGGAUGUUAUUUCAUAUGGAAACCAGACAAAUAUUCCCUCAUCCUUGAGAUCCUGGCCACCUUCCUCAGACCCCUUGUCCUGCCAGACUCUGCUCCCAAAGUCCCUGCCUGGCUUUACUCACAUGCCUCCUCUACCCAAGUUCCUGGUAGCCCUGCCACUGGUGAUCGCCCUGGAGAAAGCUGGUUGCCAGGCUGAUGUCUGGACACUGCAACUUCAGCUGUACCGCCAGGGGGGUGUAAAAGCAACACAGAAACUCAUCCACCAUCUUCAAGAACUCCAGAAAAGCAGAAGCACCGUGAGGAUGGUUUCAGGGGAUGCCCUAUUCUCUGCUCUACAGCUUUUGGCUAGGGAGCGACCAGGCCCACCAAGGGCCCGACGCUCCCCCCGUAUCAAUAACUGUGAGCAGAAGCAGGAGCAAGGUGUGUACAAUAUAGUCCGAUUGUUGCCACAAGUGGGAACCUUCUACAAUCUCGGCACAGCUUUGUAUUAUGCUGCUCAGAAUUGUCCAGACAAGGCCAAGGAACGAGGCCAAGAUGGGGUCAUAGAUAUGGGUUAUGACCUUCUGAUGACUAUGGCUGGAUUGUCCGGGGGACCCACAGGACUACUAAUCAGCGCUGCACUUAAACCUGCAGUGAAGGUUGGGAUUGAACAGUUGACCCAGUAUUUCUAAGUGAAAGAGGCAAACACGGCUCUACCAGCAAUCAGCAGGGAGGUCUUGGGGGGGGGGGGCUUAGGUGUGAGUGACCUGGAAGAAACAACCACCCGGGCCCUUUGGUCUUAGUUCAGCUGCCUGACUAGUACAGGACUUAUUUAAUGGCUAUGACUUAGAUCCUGGGAAUGGCAGUCUUGGGAUAUAAAAGCUGGUGAUCACAGAAUAAAUAAAUCUAAUAUUUUGACAAGCUGUAAUGUGUAUAUGUUCAAAAUCCAAAUCUCUAGCUUGUUAUCAAGGAGGAAGGCAAUGCUGUAAAAUGCAGGAAUUUUUAAGUUUGGGGUUUGGAGUCCGAGGAUUUAGAUUUGAAUCCAGGCUCCCCUUGUAAGAACCUCAGUAAUCACUGACCAGUAACAAUUUUUCUUCAAGCUCAAUUUUCAAAAAUUGUCUGUGAUUAUCAUUUUCACCUGUAUGGGUUUGUGGUAAUUAAAAACGAAACAAUGAACCUCAAGUUCUUAGCAAGGUACUAUCAAU